UUCCGGCCUGGGCGUAGAAAGCGCGCAUGCGCACGAGUUUCUUUCCUCUUCGAGCUCCGGCCCUACGUCCGUCGACAUGGCUAAACGUACCAAGAAGGUCGGAAUUGUUGGUAAAUAUGGAACACGUUACGGUGCAUCCCUCAGAAAAAUGGUGAAGAAAAUUGAAAUUAGCCAGCAUGCCAAGUAUACCUGCUCCUUCUGUGGCAAGACCAAAAUGAAGAGACGGGCCGUGGGUAUCUGGCAUUGUGGAUCCUGUAUGAAAACAGUAGCUGGUGGUGCAUGGACCUACAAUACCACCUCUGCAGUCACAGUCAAAUCUGCCAUCAGAAGAUUGAAGGAAUUGAAAGACCAGUAAAAUCUUUAUCAAAUAUCUGUAGCCCAUAGUCCAACAAUAAAUGGGUUAAUUUAUGGAAUAACA